AUGCGAUUUUCCCUCAUCUUCCUGGUUGCGCUGCUUUACGAUUUCAAUGCUGAACCGGCAAAGGGAUCUCGAUUCACGGUUUGGUUACCAUGUGGUCGCCUCAUUCAUCUGCCAUGCAAUUUGAACGGGCACAAAUUCAUUCAACUCAGCACACGAGUGUCGAACGUGAGUAGUAGUGAUUUAGUAAAGGCAGAACUGUUAAAUAAUGUGGAACUUGGUGUGGCUACUGUUUGGUACAAUAACAUAGGUCGAGUCAUUCAUGUUGGUGGAAUUCUUCCAAUCCAUCUUCCAAUGAUAGCUCCUGGUGAAAUGGACUACGAGUUGUCGCGAACUGCGUCCACUUACGAAACCCAGAGCGCUCGAACAACGCUAGAGCUACCGAAGGCUUAUGCAAUCGACUUGGGCAGUAGUCUGGACACACUCCAUCGAAAGGCCAUGACUACAGUUACUUGCCGGACCUAUAGAUCGCAACGUGCGGGACUUCUAAAGUCGGAGCUACUGGAAGAGGAACCAUUUUCAAUGAAAGAGGAGCUGAUAUACAAUCAGUAUUCUCUAAUGCACUAUGUUCAACCUCUUGUGUUAUGGAAAUACGUUAUUCCCGAGCAUCCUCUCAUAAAAGAACACUUUGAUUCAGACUGGUGGCGUGCUGAAGCAGAAGUAUUCUGUCACAUCAUCUGUCCAACAGGAACUCAACUAAAACACCCACCCCCUCCUUUACUCCCAAUAUCCUUUAAUUACCCAAUGAAUACUUCGCUCCAAAGUGUGGACAAGUCCCUCAUCAGUCCCGCCGAGAGCGCCUACGUAUUGGCUACAGUAUCGUUGAGCUGUGAAGCCUGUCCACCUGGUCACGCUCCGCGAACGCCCUACUCCUUUGCUCCAUGCACACCCUGCCCUCGUGGACUCUACCGCGGAGACACAGGCUGGCCCUCGGCCUCCGGCUGCCUCCAUUGUCCAGCCGGUUUUACUACCCUUCGGGAGGGCUCCACCUCUCGUGAUGACUGUGUCAUAGACGGUGGGAUGCUUACGCGAGCUAUAGUGGGCUUUGCUGUAUGGGCCUAUCAUAACUUCAUGGAGCUCAUCGUAGCCGCCCACGAGGCCUCAAUGUCUUACACCAAACGCGCCAGGCUCUACCUCAGCGAAGAGAGUAAGGCGGACAUGUCCAAGGAGUCAGUUCAUUGGAUCAAUCGAAUAAAGCCGGCUGCUCUCGCUGUGGGUAUUUUUUACAGUCUCCUUGUACUUCUAUUAGUUGCGCUAGCUCUCUACCGCCUUCUGCUGAUCUACCGCUUUAAACGGACGCAUUCUAAGCACAUGCACCUUCUAAGGAAGAGCAUUGUCAUUGGCCAACUUAAUUCACAGGAUGAUACGAAAGAUCUACUGAGAAAGGACUUUGCUAAGGAGGAGCUCAUAUCCUGCACCUGCCCAAUGACCCACCACAUGAUCACUCUCCUCUCGGAGGCAUCGUCCUCAGCGCACCUCUCAUUCAGCUUCCCGCCGCGACUACUGCAUAGCCAGUAUUCUCAAAGACCACAGGCUAAUCAGCAACGCCAGCCGCUACAACGCCAACGGCGCCUCACGAGAAGCCCACUGCAACCGUAA